AAGGUUUACACUUAGAUGGAUAUAAUGAAGAACUAGGUUUGGCCUUCGAAUAUAAUGCUAAACUGGAGGAGGAGAACUAUCAUCUUCGUAGUGAAUUGCAGACAGAGGUAAAAAAUAAUCGCCUGAAUAAGAAACAGUUUAAUCAACUGGAGUGCGAAUAUAGCCGGUAUGAGCAGGAAAUCCAAGAUCUCAAUAAAGACAUAGAGCGUCUUGAGAAUGCUUCAGAAGAAGAGAUAGCAGAGUUAAGAUCUGAAAUCUCCAGUCCAAAAA